CGCGUGACUCUGCGGAGGAGUUCCGCCUUGCGUGCGGAGCUUCCAGCGGGCUGGCGCUGGAUCGAGCUGCGGGGUUGUCUAUUGCUAGGCGGGAACUGGAAAGGAAAAAUCCAUUGAUUUUAUGCAAAUAUUUAAUCUGCACCAUGGACGUUUAAUUCCGCAGAGAUAUGCACCGGACGUCCUUGUGAAACCAGGGCUUUGGUUGCUUGUGUUGCCCAUUGUUUUCGGUCCAGGAUCUGCUUUUGUGAGCCAUUCCACACAAUGCUUCCAGAAGUUGGAAUGUAUCACUUUCCUUGGGAAAUAAACUUUACAUCAGUUCCAGAAGGGAAAGUCCUGAGAACAUUUGGCAGGCUUCACUCGUAUGAUAUGGCCAUUUCCCAAGCCAUCUUAACAGCUCAGCAUACAUCUGGUCAGCACUGUAUUCCAGUUUGCACAAAGUUUGUGGAACCCUUUCAGGCCCAGCUUGGAUCUUCGUAUAUUGUCCUGGGGGAAACUGAAUUCAAGGAGGGUGAGAUGGUUUUAAAAGCUCGUGUAUUUACAUGUGUAGAAGGAAUAAACCUUCAGUUGUUGGAAAAAGCCAUAGAAGAACAGAGAAAAUAUUUCCAGGAGAGAAGGAAAGACCAUGAAGGAAGCAUAUGUUAGCGCUGUGCUUCAGGCAGGACUUACUUUUGAAAAAAAUUCUUCUUGUGCUGUAUACAAACACUCACCCCUUGCCUUUACUCCUGAUUUUGUUGGAGACUGUAUUGCUUUGUUAAUGCUUAUUUAAAACUGGUUUGGUUUGAUACGAUUUUUUAAAGCUCUGAGAAUGCAGAUUAUGACCAGUGUUCCAGACUUGGUCUCUGUAUUAGAUUGUGAAUCUUAUACAUAACCUCUGUGUUUAGAAACCCAUAUAACCAAUACAGCAUGCAAAGGGCUAAUAGAAAUGUUUAUUUUGGAAGAUGACUCCUGGAAAUCACAGAAGCUUCGUUCUUAAGCUUGUUUGGAAGCAGAGAAGUUUGUUAAUAUGCCAGAAAAGCAUCUGUUGGGGCUGGGAGGGGCAUGGCCCUUAAAGAUUCUCAUUUUGUUGACAGAAAAAAGUGUCUUCACAGACUUGGAAUACCCCUUUUUCCCAUUUCCCUUUGUGACAAAACAAUUUCCUUGUUUUCCUGACAGUUGUUGAACACAUUAAUCUUCCACAGUGCUUGUGUAUAAAUUCCAGAAUAUAUCACAACUGUGUGAAUAAUGGCUGUCUAAUUGUAUGCCUGAUGAAUAUUUAUAUAAGAUUAAUAUAUGUAACUGAAUUUGGAAAACUUCUGCAGAACCAAAAAAAAAAACCACAACCCUCAUCAAUUCCAUGUAAGUUUGCUUUAGAGGGCACCUCUUAAUUUAAGCCUGAAAUAAAACUUAAUAUGCUCAUUCUAGAAAGUAAUAA